AAAAAUUGUGAAAUUGGACACCUUGAGUACAUUCUAACCCUUUCUUAGAACUCUCCUUUACAUUGUUUCCCGAUCGAAAUGUAGGACCAGAGUCAGAUCACACCAGCUCGUUUUAAUCUUAAAUGGAUAUUGCAUGUAAUGUCAACCCUUACAGUAACCCGAAACAACGCUAAUUAAACGGGAUAUGCACCGAGGGCUCAACUGGCGGCGCAUUGGAUGUAGGAAGCGGUCGUAUUUCCCCCCUGCUGCAGAAGGUAGAGGUUACAAAUCUGUGGGAACGUCUCAGAGGAAAGAGGGGGCGGGAGGAAAGGGAAGGGGUACGGGAGAAAGGCAGGCAGCUAGGGUGUUUCCUUAACUUCAAGGAAGAGUUUAAUCAAGUUAAUAGCUUAUUGUGGGCUAUUAAAACGAUACACCACUGGGAAACCGUACGUUAUCAAAUUUUAAAAGACACAAACAACUGAAGGAGACCGCGAUGUUGGGAAUAGGAAAACUGCACCACGGUCUGGAAUAGGGUGAAGGAUGGAGGGAGAGACGGAGAAAGAGACAGCGGAGGAGAAGGAGAGUGAUGAGACACAGCCGUUUGCUGGGGAAGGGGCAGGGCGACUUCAUCAGAAUGGAGAGUCCUCCGAGGACGACCAGGACCUACCCAUCAUGCACUGGGAAGACCUGAGCCUGAGGAUCGCUGAACUGGAGAAACAGGAGGAGGCGAGGAGAGAAAGGGCAAAGAGUACGAGUGGGUCGGAACAGGGGAGUGUGUCAGGGGGCUGGGCGGAAGAGAGGCAGGGUGGGCUGUGGAGGAAAGAUGAAUGGGAGGAUGAGGAGGACUACGGAAGAUGUCGAGUCACGGUCGUCUCGUCUAGAUUCCACAACCAAAGAAAUCUACAGUUAUGCUACAUCAACAACAGUGAGAGUGAGGAUGAAGAGGGGGCUGUCAAAGAGGGUUCUAUAGGACCAGGUAGCUAUGGUUACCACCCCUCUGGCCUGAAGUUGGAAGUGAGGGCCGCACUGAGCGCGCUCAAAAACAAGCUGUUAGCUGAACAGAAAGAGGAGCACCUUGCCUGCAGUAGUGUGAUCACUAAGAGGACGCAUCUGGAACACUGUGACCUGCAGACCUGCUCAAUACAGCAGCUCAACUCCCUCAGGACCUCACUCAACCACGACAUACACGACCUGAGCUCAGAGUUGGUGGGUCACCUGUUGAUAAGGGACCAGCUGAGAACCAAACAGGACGCCAUGCUCCUGGACGUACAGGAUCUGACAUAACCCUCACCCACAUGUGCACAGGACAGGAAGUCAUUGUGCUCAACAGUGGAUAAAGUGAUGCUGUCCAAGAUAUGCCACUAUGAGACAGUCAGAAGUGUUGCAAUAAUAUCCUACUUAACAUAUGAUUCUUUGAUAAAAAGGAGAAAUAUUGAUGAUGAACACUAAUGAGCACCAUCUUGGACCGGCGUCAUAAUGCAAUCCACAUUACACAGGCAGGGUAUGGAUGCUCAGCUAUGAAAAGCCAACUGACAUUUACUCCUGAGGUACUGACCUGUUGCACCCUCUACAACCACUGUGAUUAUUAUUAUUUGACCCUGCUGGUCAUCUAUGAAUGUUUGAACAUCUUGAAGAACAAUCUGGCCUUAAUGGCCAUGUACUGUUAUAAUCUCCACCUGGCACAGCCAGAAGAGGACUGGCCACCCCUCAGAGCCUGGUUCCUCUCUAGGUUUCUUCCUAGGUUCCUGCCUUUCUAUGGAGUUUUUCCUGGCCACUGUGCUUCUACACCUGCAUUGCUUGCUGUUUGGGGUUUUAGGCUGUGUUUCUGUAUAGCACUUUGUAACAUCUACUGAUGUAAAAAGGGCUUUAUAAAUACAAUUGAUGGAUAACUUUCUCCUCAUCAUCCCCACCUGAUCUUGAACAGCAUAAUCUUCAUUAUCAUCAUUAGUGGAGAGAGUACUGUAUUAGGACCUAUUUUGAUGUACGCAUGCACUUAAUUAACAAAAAAGAUUUCAUAUCAGAAAGAGGAGUUUAAGCCAUUUGUGAUGUUUGAAACAUCUCUAAUAUCUGACUCCUAGUCUAUUGCCGGUGGUAAGAAAAAUUGUAUUUAUCUUGGGAGAACCUUCAGACGGAGAAUCUUCACAGCCAUAGUUAAAACAUUUACAUAUCUGAGGAAUACCAGCUUUUCCACAAGUUUUAUUGUGUAAACAUUGCAAUAUCCAUGACUUAUUAAUAUAAGGGAAUUGUACACUUACAGCCUGUGUAAAACAAGCUAAGGGGUUUCAUAUUCAGGCUAAAGGGAACUGUCCUGUAACAAUUUGGUAGAGAAGGUUCUUUGUUUCUAAUUUAGGAUAAUUAUCCUCUUGUAUAGUUGCUGAUGUAAGAGAAUUGUCCACUUAUAUUGCCUAUAAGCCUGUGGGUAUUGACAUUUAUGUUGACUCUUGUGAUAUACCUAGGUGGUUUGCGGCCAUAACUAUAACUACCACCAGCAUAGGAAACCACAAAGCUGCUAUUGGGUGAUUCCAUGUGAGCAAAGCCCAAAAAUAAUUUUGUAUCGCAGAUUGUUCUGGCAAUUAUCACAUAGAAACGUCAUUGGGAAGAUGGAUGUUUGAUAGGCUUUUUACAUUUGUAACACACCAUUUUUUGGAAAAUGAUUAAAGUGGGCUCUCUGCUACUUUUAGUUAUAAACAAUUUUAUGAGCAUCAUCAACACAGUGAAUAGAAAAAUGGAUUCAAAUGGAACUUUGAUAGGUCCUUCCUUAACCAAUAUCAAUUUCUAUGUAUUCUUCAAAAUUAGCAGAGCCCACCUUCGAAAUAUGUGUUUGAAGAGUAUAUUGUUCUAAACAAGAUGUCUAAAAAUAAUCAAAAUCAAAAAGGGUACUUUUGAGAUGUUCAUAAUGUUUUUAAUAUUGAAUAAAUUAAUGCGAUUUUUUUUUUUUUACAUUUUUUUUUUUAGAAUACAGCCAUACUCCAUAUUUUAAAGCAUACUAUAAGGAGUAUAAUGACACCAAGAUGUCUGUACGGUUCACGGAUUAUAUGGUCUAAAAGAGCCUAAAAUGGCCACAUUCAUCAUGAUUUUCCCCAAAAAUUGUUUGUGAUACAAAUGUAUCAAGCAUGUUAAACAUCCUUCCUCUCAAUUAAGUUUGUAUGUGAGAAUUGCCAGAGAAAUCUGAGAUACCCUAAAAAAAAAUUGGGCCAUGCUGGCGUGGAAUUGCCUUAUUCCAUUCAUUAUGUCUAGGUAAAGAGAUUUUCCUGACCAUGUGACCUCACCAGUAGCAAACACCAGGCUCUAGUUACUGACCCCCUCUUUCCUGUUCAAGUCAUAUGGUCAGGAAAAACUCCUGGCCAUUUGAACUAUUGUGCCUUGUCAAGCAAUUAUUAUAUAUCGUACUUUCACAAUCGUGUGUAUUUGUAGGUUGAUGGAAGAAUUAACUGUGAUAGCAGAUUCAUAGCUAUGGGAAAGGGAUGAGUGCUCUGAAGUAACAUUUAACUUUUUUGGUCUCUGAAGUAUUUUUUUCAGUAUUUACUUAAAAAAUAAUUUUGCAUUCAAUAAACCUUAGUUAUUUCA